AUGGCUUACCUUUCCCCCAAGCUCGUCAUGUUCUCCAUGGCCGUCCUGCCGCCCGUCGUGGGUGGCGCCAUCUGGCUCAAUCGGCGCAUGAAGCGACAACAACGACUCGUCCAGGAUGCGUUGGCCGAGGCCACCAGCCAAGCUGCCGACACUCUGGGCAACAUCCGCCUCGUUCGUGAUUUUGGCCAGGAACACGUCGAAUACGAUCGCUACGCCCGUGCCAUUGAUGUGACAUACCACACUGCCCUUCAAGUGGGCCGCUCCAAUGCCCUUUUGGAGGGCACCGUUUUCUGGGGCGUCAACAUGAGUUUGGUGGCCGUGUUAGCCGUUGGCAGCACCAUGAUUGCGAGUCAAGAAAUGACCGUGGGUGCCCUCACCAGCUUUCUCCUCUACAGCCUCUACUUUGGGAUCCACACCAACGGCAUGAGCAACGUCUAUGCUGACCUGACUCGUGGUCUCGGGGCCUCGCAGCGCCUAUUCGACCUCAUUGACCUUCCCUCUGACCCCACCUCAUCCAUGCCCCACGAUGGCGCUCGGCCACGCGCCGUCAACAUUUUGGCUCGAGAUGAUGAGGUUGAUCAGCAGGGCAUCGAAGCCGUCCUGCGACACGUCACCUUUGCCUAUCCAGAGCGACCGGACGAAAUUGUACUAGAGGACUAUAGCCUUGAACUGCCCGCUGGAAAGUCUGUCGGUCUAUGUGGCAGCAGCGGCUGUGGCAAGUCAACCGUGGCUCGUCUUCUGACCCGCUUGUACGACCCCAGUUCGGGACAGGUUUUUUUCGACGGCGUGGACCUUCGUACUCUUGAUCCCGUGGAGAUGCGCCACAACAUUGGCAUUGUCGCUCAGGAUGCUCUCUUGUUUGACCGCACCGUGCGCGAGAACCUAAUGUACGGUCGCCCUGAUGCUACUGAGGCACAGCUGAUCGAGGCUGCCAAGCAAGCCAACGCAUACGAAUUCAUCUGCGAGCUUCCAGAAGGGUUUGACACGGAGGUGGGCGAGCGGGGCGUCACGCUCUCGGGUGGGCAACGGGCCCGCCUUGCCAUCGCUCGUGCGCUUUUGCGUCAGCCCCGCCUUCUGAUUCUCGACGAAGCCUCGGCUGCGUUGGAUGCCGUGAGCGAGCAACAGGUGCAUGCGGCCCUCAAGGCCGCGCUGACGCUCAACACUGGUCGCAUGACAACCCUCUUGAUUGCCCACCGGCUGGCUACGCUCAAGACUGCGGACGUUAUCCACGUCAUGGACCAUGGCCGAAUCGUCGAGUCUGGCUCCUUCCAAGAACUAGAAGCCGGGACCGGACUCUUUCGACAAAUGCUCGACGCCCAGUCUACUGCCAGUACCGCCUGAACAUGCCUGCCUCAAGUGAUUUUGCCCGAGUGCUAGCAACAGGCUUGAUUUCGUUUUUGUGCAUCUUUUAAGAGAAAAUAAAUUUUACGCGUUUCUUUCGAGAUGUCGUGUGCAUUCCGUGAAUGCUUCCAGGGCAGACAUCUUUCCUCCUUGCUUCAUGCUGUAAUUGAACCUGGCUUUG